UCCUCUCCCUCUAGUUUGUUCAUCGUUCCCAGACCAGUCCUCCAUGGCGCCCCCUACAGCUUUCUCCUCUCUAGUUGGUUUCGGCUGCCUGCUGUGCUCGCACGUCCGGUUCCAAAGGAGGGCGACGGCUGUUAGAACCCGUUGUUUGGUCAAGCGCCAACGUAGGAAUGUGUCAGCGGCGGCCAGCGUGUCGCUCUCCAAGGUCGUGGUGACUGGGUUUGGGUGCGAGCAGGUUGGGGAACACGACUCGUUGGUCAACACUGGCGGCUCGGUGCAUGCGCCCUGCUCUCAUGACGGGGACGCUGCCUCCAGCACGUACGAUGGAUUUGCUGCCAUUGAACAAGAUUCGGGUGAGGCGAGCAGCUCUUGAUUGAAUGCUCGCAUUUAGUAAUGGAGUGCGCGAACCGAGGAAAGCUCAAUAAACAUAUGCUAGCAAUAUGACUGUUUACAUACGUGUGUGUGGUGUUUUAGUUCGUUCGUGUGUUUAUUUGGCGCUCAAUGUAUUUAUCUUCUCGUUUGGAAUAAAGAAUAUGUCGAU